AGCGCGACCAGGGGACAGUGGGGACCCGGGCGGCUGACGGGGGGGCCCGGGCCGCUGCCGUGCUGUCCGCUCAAGAUGGAGUUCCUCCUGGGGAACCCGUUCAGCACCCCGGUGGGGCAGUGCCUCGAAAAGGCAACAGAUGGCUCCCUGCAAAGCGAGGACUGGACGCUGAACAUGGAGAUUUGUGACAUUAUCAACGAGACAGAGGAAGGGCCAAAGGAUGCCAUUCGGGCCCUGAAGAAGCGGCUUAAUGGGAACCGGAACUACAGAGAGGUCAUGCUGGCAUUAACAGUGCUGGAGACUUGUGUGAAGAACUGUGGCCACCGCUUCCACAUUCUCGUGGCCAACCGGGAUUUCAUUGACAGCGUCCUCGUCAAAAUCAUCUCUCCCAAGAACAACCCUCCCACCAUUGUGCAGGACAAGGUGCUUGCUCUGAUUCAGGCAUGGGCUGAUGCCUUUCGAAGCAGCCCUGACCUCACUGGUGUUGUGCAUAUAUAUGAGGAACUGAAGAGGAAGGGGGUCGAGUUUCCCAUGGCAGACUUGGACGCUCUGUCUCCCAUACACACACCACAGCGGAGCGUCCCUGAAGUGGAUCCAGCCGCAACCAUGCCCAGGUCCCAGUCGCAGCAGAGGACGAGUGCCAGCUCCUACUCUUCACCUUCUCCUGCUCCGUACUCCUCUGCUCCACAGGCCCCGGCUCUGAGCGUGACUGGUCCCAUCAUGGCCAAUUCAGAACAGAUUGCCAGGCUUCGGAGUGAACUGGACGUUGUUCGAGGAAACACAAAAGUCAUGUCCGAAAUGUUAACAGAAAUGGUCCCUGGGCAGGAGGACUCAUCUGAUCUGGAGUUGCUGCAGGAGCUGAACAGGACCUGCCGGGCCAUGCAGCAGCGCAUCGUGGAGCUCAUCUCUCGCGUGUCCAAUGAGGAGGUCACCGAGGAGCUGCUUCAUGUCAACGAUGACCUCAACAACGUCUUCCUCCGCUACGAGAGGUUUGAACGAUACAGGUCAGGCCGAUCGGUUCAAAAUGCCAGUAAUGGAGUACUGAACGAAGUGACCGAAGACAACUUAAUAGACCUGGGGCCAGGGUCUCCAGCCGUGGUGAGCCCAAUGGUGGGCAACACGGCAGCCCCAUCUUCUCUCUCCUCUCAGCUUGCGGGCUUGGACUUGGGGACUGAGAGCGUCAGUGGUACCCUCAGUUCACUCCAGCAGUGUAAUCCCCGUGAUGGCUUUGACAUGUUUGCCCAGACGAGAGGGAACUCCUUGGCCGAACAACGCAAGACGGUAACCUACGAGGACCCUCAGGCUGUUGGAGGACUGGCGUCUGCACUAGACAGUCGGAAACAGAGCUCUGAAGUGAAGAGAGGUAAAGGUGGGGACUCUGACCUGGAGCCCAUAGACAGCUGGCUCAUAACCCAAGGAAUGAUCCCCGUUGCGCAGCCCUCUGUCAUGGACGACAUUGAGGUGUGGCUCAGGACGGACCUGAAGGGCGAUGACCUGGAGGAGGGAGUCACAAGUGAAGAAUUCGAUAAGUUCCUCGAAGAAAGAGCCAAAGCUGCUGAAAUGGUCCCCAGCCUCCCCUCGCCCCCAGGGGAGGCCCCGGCCCCAGCCUCAAACCCCUCCAGCCGGAAGAAGCCAGAACGGUCAGAGGACGCCCUCUUUGCCCUGUGAGCUGGUCUGCGGUUCGGCUCCCCAGACGGCAGGUCAUCUCCUGUUCCCCCCCAGUCCACGCGAGACACUGGCCACCCCUCCCAUCUCCAGUCCUGGAGUCCUCCCACUCGGUCCUGUGCUGCUGUGUCUCCAUGGAAAUGCCCCCCUGUUUGCUCCUAGGCGUCCCACUAGUCAGGACCAGCUUUAGCCACCUUCUCUCUGAGUGGUGGGUCAGCACCACCGCAGCCAGAGGCUCUCCUCCCUCCCCCGCCCCUCCUGACCUCAGGCCCACUCUGCCUACAUGUUCUCCCCAGAAGAGCAGGCCACAGGACCCAGCCUCAGGCAGGGCAGUCCCCAAGGGACCAUUUCCUGAGAAGAUACCUGGACUAUCUUUUCUCCAGUCCCCCACCUGCAGAGAAGGGGGUCAAACCCCAGCCCUUCCCCCACAUGCCCCACCCCUGCCUGGCUCUCCGGGUCUCCUUGGACAGGCCAGUCCCCCUGUUCCAGAAAGGGCUUGUUUGUACCUAUGGGCUUGGUCUCCCUCCCUGGAAUGCUGCUCCCUGACGCGUGUCACCUGGUGGCACUUGGCAUGCUCGGCACUUUAGAAGGCUCUGUGGGUGCCCAUGUGUGAGGCCUCUUAUCCUCUUGACCCUCUCCCCAUUGCUUGGCUGCUAGCCCAGGCCCCCACCCAAGCUGGCUCACCAGUGGAGUUUGGGACCAAGGGGUCUCCAAUGCACCUGUGGGCUCCUGGUGUGAGGACGGAGAGCCAAGGACGGUUGCAAGGACAGUGCACAAAACUUGUGGGUGGUGGUCCCAAGGCGCACGGGUUAGCUCCUGCAGAUACACUACCGUAAACCAAACUGCCACGUGCCCACUGCACACUGCCCCCACAUAGCUGUCCCUGUCUGUGGAGGGCCCUGCUUGGGGAAGAACUGCUCUGGCUUGCAUGGGGAAGCUUGGUGGGUGUGUGAGUGUGCUGUGCUCGGGGCUUGGCCUGGCCUGUGGUAGCCUCUGCACCUCUACCUCCAGGGCCCAGAAGCAGAUGUCUCUGCACAGUCCUGGGACAGUCAAUGACUUAGGGGCCAGAGUGACACCAAGGGCCCCGCAUUGCCCCAGGGAGUGGGUCUCAACUUCCUCCACAGACCAUCCCAAAAGCCUGCCCUCCUCCCCACUGCCCAAACCCCUCUUGGCCACCAAUUUCUAUCCUCUCUCCAAGCUGACCUGGAAAGCUAACAGAGCCUGGGGCUGAGGACACCUGCUCCUGUCACUGGUGUGUCUCCUGGCCAUGGGCAGGGUGCUCGAGGCUUGGCACCAGCCCAGGUCCAGCCUGACCCACCGCUGUUCUACGGUUGCCCCAAAGAAGGAAAAGAUUGUUGCAGCUGCUUCGAGCCAGCCCCUGAGUCCCCAGGGCCCGGGUCAGUGACCCAGUAUGCACUGCCCAGGUGUCUGGGCCAGACAUGUUCGUGAGCCAUAGUGUGGUCAGCCCUUACCGCCUGGCAGCCAGAGCAGGGAGGAGAGGCGGGGCUUGACACUGUCUGACACCAGUGCCUCAGGCUCUGGGAGCAGCACUUGGGACCAGGCCUGGACACCCCUGAUGGGGAGUGAAGUGCCACCUGGCCCAGAACCCCAGGCUCAGUCUCAUGCAGUGGCUCCCCCGUGAGAGGAGCCUGGGGUCUGUCUGGGGGCCUGUCUGGCAGGACCAGCUGGGGAUGUCACACUCCAGAGGACAUGCAGGAAGCUCCUCAGAGAUCAGAGGUCAGCCAGCCUGACUCCAGCCCUGCCUGCCCCCCACAGCGGGUGCCAUGCCUCCACUCCCCCCCGCCCAACCCUGGCGCACAGCUGAUGUGGACCUCUCUUCUCAACAUUGCUCACAGGCAGGGCACCCUGAGGCCUGCUGGGAUGUUCAAACGUCUGAAGGCAGCUGGCUCAACAUGAGCAGAGAAGGUGGCUGGGAUGGGUCAGCUGUACCCUGAGCCCCAGCUCUUAGCCCUUUGGCACAGUCUGGAAUAUUUGUGAGGGCCAGGGGCCCGCCUUUGUAGCUGGGUCUUGGGGCAGUCCUGUGGCAGCCAUGGCACCAGAGCAGCCGAGCCCAGCAUCCUCUGAGGGAGGAGUCAGCCUCCCUGCCUUGUGGAAGGGCAAGUGCCCAUGAGAGCCGGGAUGUGAGGGGAGAGGAGGCUCCUGGCAGUGAGUGAAACUGAAGCCUGUGUCUGCCUGGGGAGACCUCAGCAUGGCUGUUCUUACUACCCAUGGGCAAGAGCUGCCCCCCAACUCCAGGCAGGGCUUGGAGAGGCCCGGCCAUUCCUGGGUGGCGGGUGGUGUUGGACGCUGUGGGCUGGCAGGAAGGCACUGGCCCGUGGAGGGAAGUGUCACCUGCCUUCCUGACCCGGAGCUGCCCCUCCCACUUACCCACACAUCAGGUCCAGAGGCCACCUGCCCCUACCUGGAAGCUGAGAUGACGCUUGCUUCAGGCCGGCACAGAAAGCCAAGUGGGGGUCCAGGUGGCCGUAAGGGGGUGCCGCCCAGCCCUUCCUGUCCUGAGGCCACAGGCACCCUGGGCCUCAGGACUGCUGGCUCCCUUCCAUGUGGGGAGCACAGCCCCCAGGCUCCUGCUCAGUGAGGAGAGUGGAGCUCUGGCAGGAAAGCUGGCCAGUGCCUGUGCCCCCGGAGAAUGAGCCCCUCACAAGCCACCAGCCUUUCCGCAAGUGUUAGAAAUCACAGAUACAGUAUGUACUUAAUUACACUAAAUUAUUGCUGGGAUUCCUUAUAAGCACUAAUUAUACCUGAUUAUAGGUUAAAAUAUUUAUUUUGUCAAAAUAUUUUCUUGGGGACGUGUUGAACCUUUUCUGUGUUCAUUGUGUGCAAAGAUGAGAAAACUAACCAUUGCUUCCAGCCUGCCUCUGUGGCCAGUGGGCAGCAGUGACCCAGGGCACUGGUGGGCAGCCUGCGCUGGAACAGUCCCUGUCCAGGACCACCCCCCCUGCCCAGGCCCGAGCAGGCCAACAAGGGCCAGGCCGAGGGGUGACCCCCUCCCCGCUCAUCAUCAUGCACAGAAUGAGGGCUUCUUGAGCAGACAUGGCUUGUCGCUGGCCUGGGCCAGAGGGAAGGUGCCUGUUCAUCUGUUGUCGUCCUGUCUUUCUGUUCGUCAGCCCCAUCGGGGUGGGUGACCAUGCUGCCUGCCUUGGCUCACUGCCCUUCCCCUGCGCACCUAGGGGCUGGAGCCAGGGGGCCUGGGGAGCCGUGGGCCUGUACCGUCACUCAAGCCCCCAGCCCCAAGAGGGGCGGCCCGGGCUCUGGAUGGCCCAGUGGCAAUAGGCACUCCUCCAGUGUCAUGGGGCAGACAGCUGCAGCCUCCUACACUCCUGCUCCUCCUCUUCCUUCCUGCCACCCACCACACUUUGCCUCCACAUAGAUGUGUUUCUAACUCGGUCAGGCCUCGCCUUCUGGAUGGUUGGAGGGGGGCCGUGGGCUAGCUGGGGAAGAGCACUGUGCCGGGUCCUGUGUUCUCAGCCAGCCCACUGUGAGCCUGUCCUCCUCCCCGGGCUGUUCGGACUCUCUCCAUACCCCUGGGGAACAGCCAGCUUCCCCACCAUUGGCUCAGGGUGUGUGUGCACCCAGAAGACUCCUGAUGUGGUACCUGCCUCUCCCAGUACCCACCUCCCACCCUUCCUGUCCAUGGGGGUCCGAGCCGGGCUUCCCCUGCAGCCACCAGCCCCUGGGGAAGCUGUCAACCCCAGAGUUACACUCCUUCUGUGUGUAAAAUCUCCAGGCCCUCCUGGAGGACGGGGGGUGGAUAUUUAUUUCCUAAAGUUUGCACUUAAUUUGUGAGGGUCUCAGGAUCGUUGGGGGCUAUCGCAAAGAGAAAUGUGUUGUGUCUGUCGUCCUGCUGUCCCAGGAGUCUGGUGUUCGUCGCUGUUGUGCGUUUCUGCAGGCAGAGCCUGUUCUGGAGGGUGGGUCAGUGAACUCGAGGUUGAGUACAUCCAUCCACCCACUGGCUCUUCUUCCGGAUAUUGUCUCUCUAGUUUGGGUUCUUGCAUGUAAAAUACUCCACAAUAAAUAAACCAACAAGCAAACUGUU